AAAAAAGCAUUUCUCCGGGAGUGCACAAGUAUAAAAUACAUGGUUUGAGAGAGUUAUAAGUUGGUUGCGUUUUGGAACGCGUUUACGGGUCUCGUCGCGAGCUGCGAUUGGCCAAAGUCAGCACCAACGGAGACAUUCUGCUUUUAGCCGCGGAAGGGCAAAAAUAUGGCGAAAUCGAAAAUUAUAAAGUGCGCGAAAAACUUGUCUCAAAAAUUAGAGAUUCGCGCGCUCGGCCGAUAAGCGUGCGAGCGGCGGUGAGAGCGAGGAGUUAAACGACACCUGCGAACCUCGGGUAAUUAGUUUUGCAUCGAGUGCUUCAUUGUGAUUUUGAUUAUUAUUCGUGCCACCGAGACUACACAACACCCAACACUUUUGGGCCUGUUUAUACAGCGCGGCGCGCGGUGCAUCUUGGGACACCAAUGGUGGGCGCGUGAUUUUGAACAAUUUCGACCACUUUGACGAAUAAAUUGAGGGACAUUAUUGUAAUCAUAUGUUCACAAUGUCUUUGAAUAAAAAUCAAGGUAGUCGAACUGUAGUGGAGCCAGUAGCUCUUGGGUCUCAGACAUUAUCCGACACUGAGUUAAGUUCUUUAACAUUAACUCAUAGUGGUGAACAAUAUGCUGCAAACGAUUAUGAAACACUUGCAAAUAUUGAAGCUGAAUUGGAGUGCAUGAAUGCUGAAGAAGUUAUGACUACAGAAGAAGAAAAUAGUACUAUAAUUGAAGUAAACAAUGAAAACGAUGCUUUAUUAUCGGAUGUAGUAUUGACUGACGGACAACAACAAGAGGUACAGACUGAACAAAUUAUAUACACCACUGCCAAUCAAAGUAGUCAAAAUCUAAUUUUGCAAACAAAACCAACAUUACAGAGGGUGCCUUCAACAACUUCAGUUCAAAUUAAGCCAAAUGUUAGUCAUACUCAAAGCCAAUCUAUAAUGAUUGUCUCUCCAGCAGCAGGAGGUGGAGCAAGUCAAAUUUUAAAAAUUUCUCAUCCAGCUUCAGCAUCUGCCAAUCAAUUACAAUCAUUAGCUCAAAGCUUAAUAACGGGUAAAUCUCCAGAUGGUAACAUUGUACAGAUUAGAUCAACACCAAGUAACAAACAAAACAUCGCUGCAAAAACAUCAGGGAACAUUACAUUAGGCAAUGUACAGAAUGUGAAAACAGUUCAGUCUGUUAGUGGAAAGCGAACUAGUCACAAUGUUCAGCAAAAUAGAAAUGUUUAUACAAAAAUGAUUUUGACUAAUACACAACCACAGACAGGACAGCAAGUAUUAAUUGCUUCGUCACCUGAAAAUCAACAAGGGCAAACAAUCAAAUUUUUAAGUAGUGGUUCCUCAAAUUUAAAUAUGAAUAGCCCAACGAAAACGAUAACCUUUGCACAAGCUCAGCAAAUGGGUCUUCUGCCAUCUAAUAAAGUACAACAUAUAUUACCAUCAUCACAGAAACAAACUGGCAUAAUUGUUAAUAAACUGGUACAAUCAACAUCAGCUCAACCAGCGAAACUAACAAUCGUUCCAAACAGUGCAGUUAAAUCACCUACAAAGAUAUUACCUGCCCCAGCCACAGGGUCAACAAAGUCAGGUAAUUCACAAACCGGUUCUCUUUCUUCGACAAGUAAAGUUAUGCAUCAGAAUCCUCAGAAAGUUAUUAUCAGACAGAGUUCAUUGAAAUCUGGAGUAGUACAUAAUAAUAAUCCUAUUAUAAGGAUACCAGCUAAUCAAACAAUUGGCACUAAUCAAGUGCAUCAGUUACAAGUUCCUGGGCGUCAAGUUCAAUAUGUCCGAUUAGUAAGUACUCCAUCUUCUGGCACAAGUAAUGUCGUAACAGUUGGAAAAACGAAAACACCGACGGCUCUUCAGACUGUAGGAGUAACUCAAAAAAUUAGUGGACAACAACAAAUUGUUAAGGUAGUACCGUUGAACACUGGUAGCCAAACAUUAAGAACUGUAGCACCAAAAUCGGCAUUAUCAGGAAACAGUCAGAGAUUAAUAAUACCUGCUACAACACAAAUUGGGAAUCAAUCUAAAAAUAAUACAGUGACCAUCCCUGCUUCUGCAUUAAGUCAGCUUACAUCUGGUCAAGCUGUUAUAUCUACCAAUUCCAAUGUUGGUAAUAUAGUGGUUCUUCCAGCUCAAUACCUCCAACAACAGACAGAUGAUUCAAAACAUAAAUCUCAACAAUCAACACCAACUUUAUUAAAUAAUUCACAAGGUCUUAUUGGAAAUUCAAGUUCAUUAUCAGAGUCAAAAAUGUCAAGAUCUUUUAAUAAUUCUGAAACUAAUGGUAUCAGACCUCGAAAACCAUGUAAUUGUACAAAAUCUCAAUGCUUAAAAUUAUACUGUGACUGUUUCGCCAAUGGAGAGUUUUGUCAUAUGUGCAAUUGCAACAACUGCUCUAAUAACCUCGGAAAUGAAGAAGAACGACAACGAGCAAUUAAGUCAUGCUUAGAACGAAACCCGAAUGCUUUUCGUCCGAAAAUUGGGAAAGGCCGUGAUACGGGAGAAGAUAUUAGAAGACAUAAUAAAGGUUGUAAUUGUAAACGCAGUGGUUGCUUAAAAAAUUACUGUGAAUGCUAUGAAGCAAAAAUACCGUGUUCUGAGAAUUGUAAAUGUGUUGGAUGCCGCAAUGUAGAAGAAUCAACUUUACAUAAAAAAUCUUUAAAAGAUUUAGCUGAAGCUGUUGAAGUCAGAACUGCACAGUUAUCUUUAAAUAAAGUAAAAAUGCAACAAAUGUCUGAUGCAACUUUCAGACCACCAGCUAUAUCGAACACUGGUGCAAGACAACCUUUUAAUUUCUUAACAGAUAAAGUUGUAGAGAUGACCUGUCAAUGCUUAAUGGCUCAAGCUGAAGAGGCUGAACGAAAUAUGUUUGAUGAUGAAACAUCUGAAAAAUUAAUAAUCGAAGAGUUUGGUCGGUGUUUGAAAGAAAUUAUCGAAUCUGCACACAAAGCAGAAGCUACUUAGCAGAGAACUUUUAAAAAACAUAAUGAUGUUUAUCUACUGCAGUGUUUAUCAUAAAUAUUUUUAA